UUGCAGUUUACCUGGCCUCAGCACAGUUCAAUCCUGAGAGUCUUGAGUGGAACAGCGGCCACGAGCAGGUCCUUGGAGCCCUCGUGAGCAGGAUCUAGCUCCGAGGCAGAAGUGAGGCUGCUUGGAAGCCUGGGGUAAAGCCCUGGGCUCACUGCCCCAUCAUGUCCAGCUCUCUGCUGGCUGGAGGUCACAUGGUCAGCUUGACUCCCUGUGAGGAAUCCAGGAUGGCCCUGCACCCAACCCCCAGCCCUGGCCUCCCAGCCCUGUGUCCUUACUACACCACAGAGAGCUGGGGAACCCAGCCUCUGAUGGCCCCCACACUCCGCAAAGGCAGCUCCGACAGGCUCCAGCAGGCCCAGCAGGCUGAAGCCAGAGCUCACUGCCUCCUUCAGGGCCCUGGGGAGCAGGCCUCAGGGGCCUCGCAGGAUCUGGAAUCUUGCAUUGACUUCUCCCUGGAGGCCCUCAACCAGAUGAUCCUAGAGAUCGACCCUACUUUCCAGUUGCUUCCCUCUGGGACUGCUGGUCCCCAGGCUGAGUCUACCAACAGUAUCAUGUCAAGGAACAAGAAGGAGGAACCCGAAGCCUUAGAUAUAAAGUACAUCGAAGUGACCUCCACCAGAUCAAGAUACCUUGACGGUCCCCAACGCUGCUCCAGCCCGUGUGCCACCCCACCAUUUGGCUCCCCGCGCAGUGGCAGCCUCUUCCUCUCCAGGGACAUCCCCCGAGAGACCCGCAGCAGCAGCAACGAGAGCCUCAUCUUCUCUGGGAACCAGGGCAGGGGUCCCUCUCCUCUCACCCCUUCUUCCCUUAGCAAUGCCAUCCCUUGCCGAGAAAGCAGGACCUCCGGCUCUCCACUGGCAACUCCUCCAGGCUGGGAGAAAGGGCUCAGGGCCCCACAGCGGGGCAGCAGGGUCUCUAUACUGUCAGCCAGCCCUGUAUCGGAUGUCAGCUAUGUGUUUGGAAGCAAUCAGUCCCUCCCCCACUCAAGCCUCUCCAGCUAUCCGUCAUCUUCUAGAUCCUUGGGAAGUCCAGCCAGCUCAUCUUCCAGCCUCCACAGCCUGGACCGAGGGUCUCAGUGUGGGAGACCUAGUGAUGCCCAGGCUCCUAGUAACCCCAUACUGGGCAUGGGCCAGCCCCAAGCAGUGCAGUCUACUCCAGUGGCUAAGGAGCAGGCUAGUAGCUGCCCCGCAUCUGUCACCAACUCCAUGGCGGACAUACCCAUAGUGCUCAUCAAUGGGAGCCCAGAACCACAGUCUCCCCCAGCCCAGCGGACACCAGGACACCAGGACUCUGUCCAGUCUAGGGUUACAUCUCCCAGCCACCUCUGUCAAGCCAUUAAGAGCCCCAGCAAGACUCUGCCAGAUGUUCCUCUCCCUGCAUCUCCAGAUGGUCCUGCCAAGGACAUGCAGCCCACCAUGAAGUUCGUGAUGGACACAUCAAAGUAUUGGUUUAAGCCAAGCAUCACUCGAGAGCAAGCAAUCAAUCUCCUGAGGACGGAGAAGCCGGGUGCCUUUGUCAUCAGGGACAGUUCCUCCUACAGAGGCUCCUUCGGCCUUGCCCUGAAGGUACAGGAGACUUCCGCAUCUGCUCCAAACCGACCAGGCGAGGACAGCAGUGACCUUAUCCGUCACUUCCUGAUUGAGUCUUCGGCCAAAGGAGUACAUCUGAAAGGAGCAGAUGAGGAGCCCUACUUUGGGAGCCUCUCUUCCUUCGUGUGCCAGCACUCCAUUAUGGCCCUGGCCCUGCCCUGCAAACUCACCAUCCCACAGAAAGAACUGGGAGGUGCAGAGCCAGCAUCGGACUCCCCCACACACGGCCAGACCUCCUGCCUGAAGAUAUCAGCCGGUUGCCACACACUGUACCUGAGUUCUGUGAGUGUGGAGACCCUGAGCGGAGCCCUGGCUGUGCAGAAGGCUAUCUCAGUCACCUUGGAGAGGGAUGUCCUCCCCACACCCACUGUCGUCCACUUCAAAGUCACUGAACAGGGCAUUACUCUGACAGACGUCCAAAGGAAGGUGUUCUUCCGACGGCACUACCCACUCAGCGCCCUCCGCUUCUGUGGAAUGGACCCCGAGCAACGGAAGUGGCAGAAGUACUGCAAGCCUUCCAGGAUCUUUGGGUUUGUGGCCAAGAGCCAGACAGAACCACAAGAGAACGUGUGCCACCUCUUCGCAGAGUACGAUGCGGUCCAGCCAGCUUCCCAGGUCAUCAGCCUAGUGACUGCUCUGCUUCAGGACACAGAAAGGAUGUAGAAGGGUGCCAUCUGUGUGCCUUCUCUGACAUCUCAAGGGACUUGCCCAGGACAUGGAACUGUGGCCUCCUUGACAAACCUAUCUCUUGGACUCAAGUUGGAUUGAUCAAGUUGAACCCUUUGAACCUGAUGUGACUUCAGCAAUAACCUUCACCUGACUCUGGAGCCUCCGUCUCUUCGAUUAUAAAGACACCCGUCCUUAAGACAGCCGCUCCUUGGACACUCGGCUGGAAGUCUUUAGUGUGUUCCUCCAUACUACUGAAGCCCACCCACAUCCAAGAUCCCUUAUGUAAAAACUGUCUGCAAGGACCGUCUGGCUUCAUUUCCCUGAGCACUCCCUACAUGGUAGGUUGUACCAGAGACCUAUGACCCCUGCCUUGUGGUAAACAGCAGGUGUUGGAUCAGAACCAUCGAUUUCCUGGCUGGCACCUGGUGUUGAUUCGCGGAGUUUGGGGACAGAUUCUAUUUCCCCACACCUGUUCCUUUUCUCGGUUUGCUGAGGGCCUCUUGGAUCCACUGGCCCAGAGAUUUAAAAGUUUGGGGUUGAGGAUGUGUGUAGCUCAGUUGGUAGACUGAUUGCCCUACAUGAACGGGACUGAAUUUGAUCACCAGCCCCACAAACCAUUCUCAAUGGUCAAUGGUUGUAAUCCCAGCACUACAAGGCAGGAAGAUCAUAAGUUCAAGGUCAUUCUUAUCUAUAUAAUGAGUUUAAGGCAGUCUAAGCUACAUGAGACCCUGUUGAGAGAAAGAGACAGAAAGGCAUGCACGUGCGCGUGUGUGCACACGCACACACACACACACACACACACACACACACACACACAAUGGGAGUGGGAUUAAGGUUUUCAUAAAUCUCAGCCAAUGGUCUUCAAAGCCUUUACCUGAAGAGACCACACUCCAACACGGAGCUGGGGGCAUCGCUCCACAAAGACCUGCUGUGGGAAGAGGGUACUGAAUGGGCAAGAGCCUACAAGGUUCAGUCUAUGAUGGAGAGGGGACCAGGUCAAGGGCCUCAGCCAGAGCAGACCAGGCUGCCUCAGAGCAUACACCUUAUAAUGCAACCCACUUCAGCUGGCUUUGGGGAAAGGGGCAUCAAAUUCAGCCUGCCCCAAGGUUGUCAGAGUCAAGUCUGGGAGCAGAAAAGGGGUGAGUUUUCACAUCCCUGCAUCUUCUGCUUUGCAAUGAAGGUUCUGUCGGUGAGGCCUUCUCUAAUGCAGUAUUCAUGAUGUUCUCAUUCAUGUUCUCAUUCAUGAUGUUCAUGAUCUUGAGAUCUAUCUGCUGCAGUUUUUUGACUCCUGUCUGGUGGAACAUCCUGGAUUUCUUGGAUUUUUAGGUGUAAUUUGCCAAGGUCUUGGAAUCUUUUUCCCAAGAGCAUGAUAGAAAGAUCCCUGGACUCUGCUGUUACAAGCGUGGACUCUUGUCUCACCUCAUCAAUUAUUCUGUGAUGUUGAAUCAGGAUUCUAAAGGCUAGCUUUUUUCAGUAGAAGACCCUUGUACCCACGAUUAGAAAAGACUCAGCAGGGCCAGGCAGAGGUGGCGCACGCCUUUAAUCCCAGCACUUGGGAGGCAGGCAGAGGCAGGCAGAUUUCUGAGUUCAAGGCCAGCCUGGUCUACAGAGUGAGUUCCAGGACAGCCAGAGCUAUACAGAGAAACCCUGUCUUGGAAAAAAAAAAAAAAGACUCAGCAAUGUUCACAUUCUUCAUGUCUAAUCCCUCCUUGCCCACCCAUUACAAAUGAACAUCAUCCCAAACUUUGCUUUCAGUUUCUUGGUAAGCAACAGCUGUCUGGCAAUGCUCAAGGAAUCCACAUCUGGUGGGUAGGAGAAGAGAGACCCUGUUGCUAUAGUACAGAGACAAGUAUAUCUCUGCCCCAGCUCCAGUCUUGCUGGAUCCUCCUCCAGCUCCAACACACACACACACACACACACACACACACACACACACACUCAUAACCAUGUGGCAUCACCAACCUUACAACCACAAGGGGGAAGCAGAGAGUCAAGCAUGCAGACAGGCAGCUUUCCCAGCUGGUUAAAGAAGCUGGGCCCUUUUCCUCCCACACCCUGCCAGCCUUGCAUAAGCCAUUUGUUGCAGCAUUUGUUGCUCUUGGUCCAGUCCGCCUGCCUCCUUAGGAGACCGUUCCAUGACAUGCAAGGGGAAGCUCACAGAAGAAGCCCACUGUAACUCAGUGUGAAGCAAGUGUUUGUCCCUGCCCGCUAUCAGCCUACAGAGCAACAUUGUCAUUGGCCAAGGUCAGUCCUGAGGGAUGAUGAUUUCAAUGUCAGAAAAGCAAAUCAGACCCAAGGGUGGGGGUGGGGGGAUGCUAGGUCAGUGGUACAGGCCAAGACCGGCCUUCCCAGUGUGGGAUCAGGCUCUGUGCCACUGCCGGGGUCUGCAGGGUGUUAGCAAAGUUUUCCCAGUUAGUAGUGCCAGUUCUAGGCUGAAUGGGAGAGUCCUCCACAACUCCCUGUGUGCCUCAUGGAAAAUAAAGUUUUUUGCACCAUA